GCUUUUGUAAAUUCACAAACAAAGAAAAAAUUGCAAGCAUAUGCUGAAGUCCAAAAAAGAAAAAAAUUCUUGCACCAACUGGAUCGUCCAACCUCCUUCCACCCCCUCAAAUCUAAUGGAUCACCCAUUCGUUGACCUAGGGAGCGAUUAAAUUAAUUUUUGUGGUUAGUACAUGUAUAAGACGGGUAACCACUUUGUUAUCAGGUUUGUAAGUCUGUCCGUAACACUAUCACGUGAUUUUAAGGUCUACAGACAACCCAAACCGCACCCCCCCUGCAUGCAAACUGACUCCCCCUGUAAUUCACCAUGUCUGCCCUAUUGUCACUCUCAGCAACAAAGACAUGUCACAUCAAAUAUCAAUUGUCAUGAAAAACCACAGUAUAUAUACAAGGAUUUUUGAACUUGUUCUUUGAUGUGGGUUUUGGAAUGUGAACAGCAUCCAAUCGUAUGAUCUCGUGUGAUUGAAUAUGCGCAGUUAGCAUAGUUAUCACAUGUGUCUCCACCAUGACGUAGCAUUGCUAUGGCAACUAGCCAACGACGCCGACAAAGAAAAACGCUGGCUCAGGACACAAGAUAUUUUCCAUGUGCUCACCUUCAUCGCGGUUAACUUGCUCUGGUAAGUAAAGAAAACUUUGUUUUUUAUAUUCUUUAUCUCUCUUUAUCUAACACAGAUUUCAUCCUACAGUAUUGACUGAAAUGGUCAAAGUUUUAUUAAGUUUUUUUCUCAAUUAAGUCCGAUCUUUAUGUCCGAAUAACAGGAUAAAUCCACGCUCGAUAGCGAUUGUAAUUACGAAUUUCAAUUCAGAGACGACGAUAAAGCAAACAAAAAAAAAAAAAACGCUAAAAAAUUAGUUAUAACUGCCAAAAACAAAUCAAGUACAAACUGAAUAAAACCCUUUGUGGGUUAAAUCAACCUCUUGAGGAUAUAUCAACCAAAACAGGGAGUCUAAUUAUAAGAACUAUUUACAUUAGGUUUAAUAUUCAUAAUGAAAAAAACCUUUUAAAUGAUACAACAGCUGACUAAGACAUUUCCAUUUGCAAAUAUUAAAAUAUCACAAAGAGUAAGUAAUAACAACUAUCAGAAAUCUGCAGUACAUUAUUGAUGCAAGUUAUUCCACUCUGAUGGAUAUAGCAUAAACACUCUACCCUCACUGAUUCAUAUUUCUGAUCACUAAAUUACAUUGAUGUAAUUAACUGUGUAAAUUAGUAACUGUUUCCUUAACUUCUUUUCUCAGGUAUAUGUAAUAAUACUGCCAAGAAUGGCUCUGCAAUUGAAGAAAAUGAUCCCUUUUGUGACAAUAUCAACAUUACGUUAUUGCGUGACACUAGGUGCCAUAUGUAUUUAAUUUAUUCAGAGUUCUCGUUUGGUUCAUGUAUGUUGUGAAGCAGUGAUCCUGUGAUUAUUAAAAUACUAAUUCUAAGCCCCAGCUUUAAGCACAUCUUGUUACAUGGUGGCAGCCAGUAAAAGGACAAUUCAGAGGACACAGAGGAAACAAAUAAGGGAGCUUCAACCUCUAAACAAGACACAUCAUCACACACGCCGUCAGUCCACGUGAGUGUAAAACCACCCAAUCAUCUAGACAUCUCAAGCUCGAAAAGCCCAUCCAAAGCAUGGCAAUUAUGGAAACAGAUGUGGGACAACUACACAAUUGUCACCAACUUGGCUUCCCAGCCCAAGGAAUACAAGAAAGCCAUGUUUUUAUGCACUAUAUGUCAAAGCGCCUUGGACAUACACAACCUGUUCCACUUCAAUGACGACAAAGACCGCUCUGACAUUGCCACAAUGAUCUCAAAGUUUGAUGAAGACUUCACUGGCGAAGUCAACGAGACGUAUGAAAGAUUUCAAUUUAACCGGCAAACACAGCAGUCAGGAGUCGCUCGAUUUAAUCUACUUCCUGAGAAUAAGCUCUACAUAGUUCAAGGAGAAACGGCUAAAAUUCUAUGGGACUAUCAUGUUGAUGACAUCAAAACAGAGUUUAAUUCCCGAUCACCAUUAUGGUACUUUCAUAAUAGUUCCCUUCUCAUUGGUUAUGGUGAUUCAUUUGAUAAUCGUAAGUUUAAGAUUGAUACCAAUAGUUGUCCAUCAAGACUAAGGACUCCAACUGUAAGAGUAAGUGUAGAAGGAAAGGCAACGUUGGUCAUCACCAACAUCACGCUGAAAGACAGUGGAACAUAUGGGUGCAUACUGUUUUUACUGUCAGGAGAUUUAUCAUCCAUGCCAACAAGUACAUCUCAGCUUAUUGUCACAGCAGUUGGUACUCCAUUACCUAAUGUCACAUGGAAGAACCUCAGUAAUAGUAUGGAACCUGCCAUAUCAAAAGGACAGGGAUCAGCAGAAUUGAAGAUUGAAAGUAUCACUAGAAAUUAUAAUGGACAAAAGUACAGGUGUGAAGCAGUAAACAACCCACUCGAGGGUGCAAUUAUACAGGAAACAAAACUAAUAGUCAACUAUCCACCAGAGUUUACCUUGUUGCCGAUAAAUACAACUGUCACACAGGGUGAUAACAUCAUACUACAGUGUAUGGCUUCAAGCAAUCCCCCAAGUAACAUUUAUUGGGAAAGAGAAGAUGGACAAAGAAAUGUUAGACAAGUGGGAACUGGUAGUACUUUGAAUAUCCUCAAUGUAGACAAGUCUAAUGCUGGCAAGUACACCUGUACUGCAAACAAUUUUUAUGAUAGAGGGAAACAUGAAGAAAAAGCACAUGCGUAUGUUGUAGUAAAAUAUCAGCCAUCUAUUGUUCAUAAUUCAAGUAAACACACAGUAAAUGAAAGUGACUCAGUAACAUUGACAUGUAAAGCAGAUGGUUUUCCUGUACCAAACAUCACAUGGACCAAGUUAUGGACCAAGAGUGUCACUCUAUUAAGCACUGGAAAUAACUACACUAUCUCUCAGGUCAAUAAAUCAAACGCUGGAAAUUACACCUGUGCCGCCAACAAUGGAAUAGGGAUUGCCACUGCAAUAAUUGAAGUGAUUGUACAAUACAAGCCAACUAUCAACAAAGACUUUUCAAAUUCCAGUGUUGAGUCAUGGGAUGGCCAUACAAUAAAGUUGAUUUGCAAAUGGUCAAGUUCAAAUCCACCACCAAACUGGUCUUGGAGCAAACCAAGUGGAGAAAGUAUUACUUCUUCUCCUAUUUUCCAUGGCAGUGAGAUAAGAGUAACAACAAAUGGCAAGAGAGAUUAUGGUCCUUAUAUAUGCAAUGCAACCAAUGUGGCUGGUAAUGAUGGACAUGUUAUCAGUGUAACUCAAUUAUUUCCUCCUGGAGCACCACACUUUAAUGUUACAGACAUUAAGGCAUCUUCAGCUGUUGUACAGUGGAUGGAACCAGUUGACAAUGGUGGUAGUAAAGUGAUUGAAUACAAAGUGGAAAUUGACUCUAAGACUUAUACCAUCCCUGCCUGGAAACCCAAUCAUUUCACUAUCCCUACACUUACAAAUAACAGAAAGUAUGUUGUCAAAUUAUACGCCGGAAAUGUUGUAGAUUAUGGAAAUGCCUCAACUAGGACUUUUACCACCAAAAAGGAAGGACCACCAGGUUCACCUGUUUUGGAGGUAACUCAGUCCAGUUCAACAACAGUUACUUUGAGCUGGUCAAAACCAGAAGAGAAUGGAGGUGAAAUACAACACUACACAAUCUAUAAGAAACUUGUUGAUGCUAACAAAUGGUCGCAGGUUGGUACACUUGAAGGAGAACCACUCACAUACACGGUUAAAGAUCUCCUUCCAGGAAAAACGUACAGUUUUCAUGUCACUGCAAAAAAUAAAGAUGGAAGCAGCUUAAUGGAUGUAAAUGUGAAAACAGUGACGUUGCCUGUUGAAACCACUACUGCUCCUACAACUAGUGUUAUUGCACCAUCGAAAGGAAAGAGUUCAAGUGAUGAAAGUGACCCCAAUCAGCCUAUCAUAAUUGCGGGUGCUGUAGUAGCUGUGGUUUUAAUAGCGAUUACUGCAGUGAUAUCUAUUGUUAUCCUGAGAAAAAAGAACGCAUUUGGUAAAUCUGGCAAAAAAAGGAAUUCGAAUCAGCAAACUGCUGCAUACCAUAAUGACGUGGAUUCUAGUGAUUCAAUUGGUAGAGGAGCAGCAGUUGUCACUCUCAAUGAUGACAGCGUACCAACCUACGCAGCUGUAGACAUGACCAAGAAAACCAAGAAAAAAGACGAGAUUCCAAACUACGCUGCUGUUGAUAAAUCCAAGAAAAAGAAGAAACCUGGUGAAAUCAUUUACGCUGAAUUGGCUGACUUCAACACUAACAACGUCCCUGCUGSUCCCCGACCUGCGCAAUACACUGAGACAGACUAUGCAGAUAUCAGUCAGUUUCAAAACCAGGUCGAACCAGAACCAACUUACGCCAAUUUCCCUGGACGCAGUAAAGAUUAUAACAUUUAGAAUGUUUUGACUGUUAGGGCCUGGUCAUAGAGCUCACAUAGUGGUAUAGGAAAGCAGAAGCUUGUUUGUCAGACUUCUCCUUUUUCAAUUAUUGUCUCUUUGUUUCGCCAAUUUGUCGAAAUAUAGUUUCACACGGCAAUUGGUCAUGAUGUGCACAAUACGUCAACAAAGUGGACAAAGAGAAUAAUAAUGUCAUUACUUGGUCAAGAAGUAUUGAAAUUAAAAUACUUUACGGCCUCAAAGACCCUAUUUAUAAACUAUACGAAAGAGUAAGUCCAGACUCUGGAACCUAGGGUAAUAUGACAAUGACGAAGUACGACCGCGUUUUAGAGGUCACAUUUGGAGGAGGUCAACAAACAAAAGUUUUCUGCUUACCUAUAUAACCACCUUUUUACUGGAUGGCCAGUCCUUAACUUACCAUUUAACCACCAUUUUUUUGCACYUAUGAUUUUGUUAAUCCAACUUCAUUUUAUAUCUAUAAAAUAAGAAUUGUUUACGUUACAAGUUUUCAUAGUUAAGUUAUUUUCGUUUCACCUGCUAAAAAAUAGACAAGGAAAAUAUUUAAGAAGUAAGAAAAACUUCUAAAGGCACAAUUUUUGAUAUUAUUAUUUAGUACUUUAGUCAGACGUCUCGCCUUUUAGAASGUUUUUAUUGUAUAAUGACAAUGCCUACACGCUAACACCUUCGSUUGAGAUAUUUUUAUAAUUCCAGUAUCAACACUGUUUUGAUGAAAUUUAUAUAUAGCCUUGAAAUAUGGCAUUAUACUGUAUAUGCCAGUCUUUGAUAUAAAGCCACCACUAUUUGCUGCAAAUUCAAUAUAUAUUUUAAUAUGAGAUACAUUUAUUAUUGUAAAUUGGUARUCGCAUCAAUCGUCACCAAAAUUGAAUAAAUAGAGUUCUAUUUUUAAGAAAAUCUAAGUGCAACAGUUGCCAAAAACCCGUUUUCAUUCCUUUUGUAUGUAGCAGGGGAUUUCCCAACCAAGUUCUUGAGUUACGACCACUAUUUGGGGAUUCUCAAGGUUUGGUCGCUUGUAUGAGUUCCAAUUGCAACAGUUGCGCUCAGUUUUAUUAGAAAUGUAAUAUUUUCGCUUAAACGCAUGCAUCGUCCUUCUUUAGAAAUGAUUAUGCAACAGAAAGAAUAUUGGAUGAAAUUUUUAGAAAAGUAGAUUAUUAGAUUUUUAUAAAUGCCGCUUAUUAGAGAUUUUAUUUCGUGUAUAUUUUAGUAAAAGAGUACGUUCACGAUAUCUGUGAAAUCGUUUGAGGCCGAGAAAUAGAUACAAAAACUCAACUUGUCUUUCUGCUCAAGUUUAGCGACGAUGUUUAUCGUUUUUCACCUUGACUGACCACUGGCAACUUGUCGCACAACAAAAAUCAGGACACGAAAAACGAACAAAAAUUAAGCUAAACUUCAACAGCGACAAUGUUUUGAGACAAGUUGAGAUUUUUUCUUGUAUUCUUCCAAUUAUAGAUAUGUGCCAAAGUGUUUACGGAUAUAAUAGUGAAUGAACUUUUCUUUGCUGUGAUUGUUUCACGUUUAUAGUAAUAACUAGAUGAAAAAUUGAGAGUGGCUGCAUUUCUCAAACGAUUCCAAAACUCCCUUUAUACUUAGAAUAAUGUCACGUAUUUUGUAAAAGUAAAAUUGCUUAUAUUUUCAUAAUAUUCUCAUCAUAAAUAGAUAAUGCACUUGAUAUCUAUCAAAAAUUAAGAAAAAUCAUGCUUUAUUAGAAUAACGUCCAAUAUUUUUGUAAUCCUAAAUACACUUGUAUUUUUGCUAUUUUUCAUAAAUAAAGUGUGCUUUGAUAAUGCA